ACUCACGUGCGGAUUCAUAUAUAAAGCGAAGCGCGCGUGAGAUUUCAGUUCCAGUUGAAAUGCAAGUGCUCUCUGUCGAAGUACCCUACAAAACAGUAAUCCUGUAAUUUUACGAAUGGAUAUUUUAGGCACUUCCGAAUUUGACUUCGGGAUCCCAUCCUAUGAUUUGUAUGACAGUGGCUUGUCAUCCCCUGGGGGUAGUGAUUGCUCUGAUGCAUCAGGCUUUUCAUGUGAAUCAAGUGAAUUGUUGAUGGAUGAGAGUGAAGCGAUCAAGUUAGGAGAAUCCAUUCUCCAAGGCGGACCAACUUAUAAUCCCUUCAUUAAAAUUAAGUAUGAAAAACAGAACAAGCAUUGCUGUAAUUGCAACUGCCAUGAACACAUCGAAGAGAACACAACAAAGCAGAUUGAAAAAUAUCCAGAUCUUGAUCUGAACUUCUUGGAUUCUGUGGAUAGCUCCUUUGACCAGCUUCUUAACAAGCCACCAAGCCAGGCUGAUAUCAUUCCAGGUGGAAAUGACAUAUUAUUGUCCCCCUCAAUUUUAGAUCUGUCUUUAGAAGGGGUCACACUCUCUGAAGAUCUAGCAAUAAAGACUUUUACAACCACAGAAGAAUUAACCACAGAAAACAGAGCAGAAAGUUCACCCACCACAACUACAGUGCCCAAAACACAAAAAUCUACAAAGAAACAAUCAAAAAAUAUUCCUGUCCCUCCUAUUCAUAUGAAAGUUGAGGAUCACAAUUAUUGUAGGGUUAGUGAUGAUGAACCAGAUGAUGAUGAUGAUGAUGAUAGUGAUGAGGAAUAUGUUCCUGUGCCCACUAAAAAACGACGGACAAAUACUAAGGCAGUCUCAGCAUAUGGCAGAGAUAAGGACCAAAAAUAUAUUGAGAAAAGAAUGAAAAAUAAUCUGGCAGCCAAGCGCUCCCGUGAAGCCAAGCGCCAAAGAGAGAUUGAAGCAAUGCAAAAGACUCUAACUCUUGAAAAGGAGAAUUCAGACUUGAACAAAGAAGUAAAUAAACUGAAAAAGAUGAUUGCAAGGCUUGAGAAUAAGCUUAGAUGACUUUAUGACUUUUUUUCAUGUAUUUGGGCCAUGUAUCAUAUAGAGGAUUUUAAGGGGGGGGGGGGGGGGGGGGUGAUGGUUACAAGGUAGAUAUAGUGAGGUCCCUUGCUCAAGCUUGGUAUGUGUAAAGUGUACAGUCUUUGGAUGCUAUAGUACCUAACAAGUAGAUGUAGAUAUUUAUUGAUUUGAGAGAAACAAUAUGCAAUUUUCAUUUUCCAUUGCAUGCUACUAUGACUUAAAUAAAAAUAUCUUUCAUGUCA